GCGCCGCUUACCCUGCUGCUGGUUGUUUGUUGUUUUGUGAAGGCAUCAGGAGGUAGCGGCGCGAGCCCGUGGCGCCCCCGUCCCACGUCCUUGGCUGGCUGCGGCGGGGGGCGCCGCGCCGGGCCCGAUCACUCAGGAGUACACAGCUGGUGAUCCAUACCUGUGGAGAAGUGGGUUGCCAUUGCCAUCUGGAAGCUGACCAUGCCUGAAUGUUACCACUCCAUAGCCAACCACUUCAGCAUGGCAAGAUCAACAGGUGGAAUCAUGAUCAUGCAGCUACUUUGAAAAUGUCUGAAAAUUCCAGUGACAGUGAUUCAUCUGGUGGCUGGACUGUCAUCAAUCAUGAGGGAUCUGAUAUAGAGACAGUGACCUCUGAAAAUGGAGGAACAAAUAGUAAUCUUGAGUUUGCUUCAGAAGAAUAUGCUACUUUGGUGGAGGAAGAAGAGCAACCAUUUGAUUUGAGAGCUGAAUGCAGCAAAGAUGAUGUGGUGUCAAUGGUAGAAACUUCUCCUGCUGCCUUGGAGGAAACCCAGGCAGUUCCUGAGGCAAAGAAAGAGAAAUUGCCUGAUCAUGGUUCCUGUAUUGGGGCUAAUAGUGAUGAUUCUGACAUUGUUACCCUUGAAACACCUAAAGUAGAAGAAAUUGGAACGCAGGAAGAAGCUGCAGUUGUUGAUGAGGAAGCUCAAGGUUCAGAUGAUUUUAACAUGGGUUCUUCCUCCAGCAGCCAAUACACAUUCUGUCAACCAGAAACUGAAGGUUGGUGGGAGAAGCUGAGGAAGAUUCCAGAAUGUGUAAGGGGAUGGGGUGAUGACCUGAAAGAGCAUGUGUCUGGCAGCCUUCCUUUCCAAGGUUUUCCACCUCAGCCUAGUGAUGCUGAAUCAAGUAGUGAUGAAACAAGCAAUCGAUCCAGUCCCACAUUAAGGAGACGGCGUGCAAAGAAGAGGCUAGUCUCCAACUCUGAAUCUGAUGGCGGGGCACCUAAUGAACAGGACAGUGAACCACCCAAAGAACAGCAACACAAACGCCAAUUCAGUAGUGGCCUGAACAGAUGCAUUAUACUGGCUUUGGUGAUAGCAAUCAGCAUGGGAUUUGGACACUUCUAUGGUAAACCUGAAGGUACAAUACAGAUCCAAAAACGUCAACAAUUGGUAGAAAAGACACAUGAAGAUGAACUAAAUGGUAUGAAAGAUGACCUUUACCAGUGCCAACGAGAGCAAGGAGUUAAAGCAGACUAUAAGUCACUAAAACAAGACCUUGCAACAUGUCUGAUCUCUACUGAGGUAGAAAAGAAAUCAUUUGAAUCUCAGAAAAUAAGUCUUGCUGCAGAAAACCAGCACUUAAGGGAAUCUCUGGAGAGGGAAGAAAAAGCUUUGGACUUGCUGCAGGAAGAGUUAAGGAAGCUGAGAGAACAAAUUAGAAACUUAGAAGAUAAAGGUAUUAGUACAGAGUCAGUUGUCAUGGAAAAUAAAAAACUUAAGGUACAUUUGGAAGAGGAAAAGCAGAAAAUACACAACUUUCUUAAGCAAAAGGAGACACUUUUUGCAGAAGCACAUAUGUUGAGGAGAGAACUAGACAAAGAACGUCAUAUAACUGAAGUUCUAAGAGAAGAACUGGAGCAGUUAAGUUCUCAUCGGACACCUGACAACACAGACACAGACAAUACAUUAAGAGAGAACGAAGAAAUAGAAACUUUGCGGGGAAGACUAACAGAGCUGGAAAAGAAGCUAAACUUUGAACAACAACGCUCUGAUUUGUGGGAAAAACUGUAUGUUGAAGUGAAGGACCAAACCGAAAAACAGGAAACUAAUAAAAAAGGACAAGAGAAAGAUGGUAAAGGAACAAGUAAGACCAAAAAGAAGUCCAAAGAAUCAUUUUUUGGCUCAGUUAAAGAAACUUUUGAUGCCAUGAAGAAUUCCACAAAGGAGUUUGUAAGACACCAUAAAGAAAAGAUUAAACAGGCUAAAGAAGCAGUGAAAGAAAACCUGAAAAAAUUCUCUGAUUCUGUGAAGUCCACAUUCAGACACUUCAAAGACACAACUAAAAACAUCUUUGAUGAAAAGAAGAAGUCUGGUGAUAAAAGAUAUGAGGCAAACAAAAAAGGUAAAACUGUUUUUCGGGAAUAUAAUACUCAUGAGAAUCCUUCUAAGCAUACACACCAUAGAGGGCCUAGCAUGAAAAAAGAAUUCAGAGAAGGAAGAAAACAGAGAUCAACUCACUUUACAUUUGAAAAAGAUAGUAAUUCACAGAAAUGCAUCAAUAACCCAGAAUGUAACAGAAAACGUCACUCUGUCCUAAAAGGCUGCUCUGGUAUUUUUGAAUGCGCUCAUCAGGAAUUUAUUAGCCUGUUUAACAAAGUACUGGACCCUAUUAGGGCUGAAGAAUUUAAUCAGUUAAUGCAAAAAUAUUUGCAGCAAGAAGUAGAUAGUUUCCAUCACUGGAGAGAACUAGAGAAUUUCAUCAGUAAGUUUUUCCAUAAUGGGAUCUUUAUACAUGACCAGAUGCUGUUCACGGACUUUGUUAGUGAUGUUAAGGAUUAUCUUGAGGACAUGAAGGAGUAUCAAAGUGACCAUGAAGGGAUGUUUGAGGAUUUGGAUAAAUACAUCUACAGAUACUACUUUCAUUAUGAUAAUUCACUUCAGUAUGGACCCAGUCGACCUGCUAAAAGGCCUACUUUCACACAGUCGGAAAGUUCCAGACAUGAAAAACAAACUCAGAAGCACCACCACCGUAAUAAGAGAGAAGGUAAAUGGCAUAAACAUGGUCGCAGUAAUGGAAGACACAUGGCAAAUCUUGAAAUAGAAUUGGGGCAAUUACCCUUUGAUCCAAAAUAUUAAGUAAUUUGUGUAUGGUAAAAUCAGGAAGAUAUGUAGAUAAUUUCUAGUGGUUCCUCAAUGGAAACUAAUUGUUUUUCAACAAAACUGCAAGGUGCAAGUGUUUCUUUAUACAGAUUGAUUUUUACCCUGCUGUUCAAAAGCAAUCAAUCAAACUUCCUAACUCGCAUUUUCUCUAGUGUUGCUUUACUGUUCUUUGGAAAUGAUUUUGGUUGUAGUUGUACUGUUAUGGAAACUAGGUAUGUUGUGACUUUUCUGUGAAAAAUAGGCUUAAUUGCAUUCCAUUAGUAUAGUUCAAACUUGAAUCAUACAUAAUGUACAUGUAAUUAACAUGGUUUGGUGUACUAACUUCAUCUCAUCCUUCAGAAAGUAGAUCUAAAUUAUGGCAAGGCAUCUGUUAAUGUUUUGUAAUCUUAUACUUGCUUCUUGUCUUUUUUGGGGGUUCAAGAGCCUGUUGACUUAUGAAGAAUUUGCUGUGCUGCAUUCUAAUCAGCUUGCUGACAUAUGCACUUGAAAUUUCUUGCACAUCUUCAUAUUGUGGAAGAAAAAUAAAGAGACGUUGUGGGUAAAA